AUUUUUUUCUUCUGGAAAGCGUCUUGUAUCCACUACUUUGUCGCACAAAAUUGACGUCGACGAUCACGUUCACUCAGCUGUUCCCAUCACAUCGAAGAGGCAGGAAAGGAUUUCAUUUAAAAAUAUAUUUUGUUAUUUUAAUUACUUCAAGUUCAAUCUGUCGACAUAACUAUGCAGCCUUCCUGUUAAGCUGCUUCAAGCCAGUGGCAGGAUGAGGCCCCUCAAAGACGCUCAGCUGGGGGCCUUCACCUUUUUUGCCUCAGCUCUCCCUCAUGAUGUGUGUGGGAGCAAUGGCCUCCCUCUCACUCCCAACUCCAUCAAAAUCCUGGGACGCUUUCAGAUCCUCAAGACCAUCACUCAUCCCAGACUCUGCCAAUAUGUGGACAUCUCCAGAGGGAAACAUGAACGGCUGAUUGUUGUUGCUGAACACUAUGAAAGCAGUUUAAGCGAUUUCCAAAAACAGGGGAAAACUGCCUGCCCAGAGAAGGUGCUGCAGAUAGCCUUUGAGGUCCUUGAAGGUCUGGAGUUCAUGAACAAACAUGGUAUGGUGCACAGAGCCCUCAGCGGACACAAUGUGCUGAUGGACUGCAAGGGGAAUGUCAAGCUGGCAAAGUUUGGCCUUUAUCACAUGACUAAUCAUGGGGCUGAUGUAGAUUUUCCCAUUGGAUACCCAUCAUACCUUGCUCCAGAGGUGAUCGCUCAGGGCUCUUUCCACCCUAGUGACCCUUCCCAUGAUGAAUCACCUCUGCCCUCAGGACCCAAGACUGAUGUCUGGUCACUUGGGGUGUUGCUCUUUGAAUUGUGUGCAGGCAGACGACUGCUGCAGAAUAUUGAUAUAAGUGAGAGAUUGAAAUUCAUUCUAACCUUGGGUUGCAUGGAUGACAUUGUCACUGUCCUUGCAGAGGAACAUGGAUGCCUGGAUACAAUUAAGCAGCUGCCUGAGAAUGUUGUGGAGUUAUUAAGGAAAUGCUUGACCUUUCUUCCAUCCAAAAGGCCAACCCCUGCAGAGCUGCUGGGUGACCCUGUGUUCAGUGGGGUCUCAUGCCGCUAUACGCCCUUCCAGAAGCCUGUUAGCCUGUUCUCCUCUUCCCUGCGCUGUGCACAUCUGGAGCUUCCAGAAGACAUCAGUGACCUUUGCAAAGAUGAUGAUGAAGACUACCUGUCAGAGCGGGCCAUAGAUGAGGUGUACCAUCUGUGGUGUCUGGCUGGGGGAGACCUUGAGAAGGAGCUGACCAAUAAGGAGAUCAUACAGUCCAAACCUCCAAUCUGCACACUGCCCAAUUUUGUCCUGGAAGACGGGGAGUCAUUCGGCCAGGGCAGGGAUCGGAGUUUCUUAUUAGAUGACACAACAGUGACACUGUCUCUGUGCCAACUCAGAAAUAGACUGAAGGAUGUAGCAGGAGAAGCCUAUUACCCUCUGCUGGAAGAUGAACAGUCAAGUCUGUCCCAAUCUAACAGCAGCCAUGAGCUGUCGGCCACCGUCACGCUGCCACUCAUCAUCCGUGAGAGAGACACAGAGUACCAACUCAUCCGCAUCAUCCUCUUUGACAGGCUGCUCAAGGCCUAUCCCUACAAGAAGAACCUAAUGUGGAAAGAGGCCAGAGUGGAUAUUCCCCCACUUGUUCGAGGACUGGCGUGGGCUGCGCUUCUGGGUAUUGAGGGAGACAUCCAAGCCAAAUAUGAGACCAUAGACAAGGAUACUCCCAUUCCAACUGACAGACAGAUAGAGGUGGAUAUCCCACGCUGCCACCAGUAUGAUGAGCUGCUGUCUUCUCCUCAGGGCCACAUCAAGUUCAGGCGUGUGUUGAAAGCCUGGGUGGUCUCUCACCCUGACCUGGUCUACUGGCAGGGUUUGGAUUCACUUUGUGCUCCAUUCCUUUAUUUGAAUUUCAACAAUGAAGCCCUGGCGUAUGCCUGCAUGUCUGCAUUCAUCCCCAAAUACUUGUACAACUUUUUCCUGAAGGACAACUCUCAUGUCAUCCAAGAGUACUUGACUGUCUUCUCUCAAAUGAUCGCCUUCCAUGACCCAGAGCUAAGCAACCAUCUAAAUGAGAUUGGCUUCAUCCCAGAUCUUUAUGCUAUUCCAUGGUUCCUGACAAUGUUUACACAUGUGUUUCCACUGCACAAGAUCUUCCACCUGUGGGACACGUUGCUGCUGGGUAACUCUUCUUUCCCCUUCUGUAUCGGUGUGGCCAUACUGCAGCAACUCAGGGAUCGUCUCCUGGCUAAUGGCUUCAAUGAAUGCAUCCUGCUCUUCUCUGACCUGCCAGAAAUUGACAUUGAGCGCUGUGUCCGUGAAUCCAUCAACCUCUUCUGCUGGACUCCAAAGAGCGCCACAUACCGACAACAUGCUCAGCCGCCAAAGGUCAUUGGUGACAAUGGCUUUGGGAAAACAACAGCUUGCUACUCGUCUGACUAUCAAGACAUGCCCAAGACAGACCUGUCCCGGGAGCCUCUGGCGCUGUGUGACCUGAAAGCAGAAGUAUCGCCCAGGAUCUCGGCUGAGGACUUAAUUGACCUCUGUGAGCUGUCACUGACUGGGCCCACCAAGCGAACCAAAGCUGGCAAGCCCAAAAUUGUUGCUGUCGACAUCCGCAGUGUAGAGGACUACAGCAGAGGCCAUAUUUCUGGCAGCAUCAACAUUCCCUUCAACGCAGUGUUCAGCCCCGACGGUGAGCUGGUGCAGUGUCCUGCAACAGGAGUCCUCCAGAACUACAGAGGACGUGUCAUUGUGGUCAUCAGCCACGCCAUGAAGAGUGCUGCUAUGUUUGCAGCACAUCUGGUCAAGGUAAAUUUCCCACGGGUUUGUAUCUUGGACGGAGGGAUCAACAAGCUGAAGCCCACUGGACUCCUGACUGUCCCCUCCCCUCAGAUCUGACCCCGUUCCUCAGCCUCACAUUAACACAAGGGACGAGAGGAUGGACUGUAUAUUGCAUUUUGAGCUGAAGUGAAGAAAAAAAGCAACAAAAAAAA